UCCUCUUUGAAGAGAACAGACACUCCGUCUGCUGCAUCAUGGCUCUCGUCUCCCUGCUUCUGCUGGGUGCCCUGCUGACACAUCUGAGCCACUCUGCCAGUGUAGAUGUUGAGAUAGUGAAUGGAACAGUGGCUGUACCCCACUCCAGGCCCUACAUGGUUUCUGUUCAAGGAAAUAAACAAAACGUGUGUGGUGGGUUCCUCGUUUCUCCGCUCUUUGUUAUGACGGCUGCGCACUGCUGGAAAAGUCUGAAAGGUUCAGGAGUGACAGCAGUGAUUGGUGCUCAUGAUCUCAAUGGCAAUGACUUUGACCGCAUACCAAUAAAGGAGCACCACAUAAAUCCAAAAUUUACAGACGGCAAUGAUCCAAGUAAUGACAUCAUGUUGUUGAAGCUAGAAACGUCAGCUGAAAACAGCAAAAACGCUGCUUUGAUUGCCAUCCCUGCAACAGAUGAAGACAUGAAGAAGGGUGCAGUCUGCAUUGUGUCUGGUUGGGGAAGCACAAAAACUAAUGGAACUCAAAGUAAUGUUCUUCAGGAGGCCAAAAUUAAAGUCCUCACCAACGAUGACUGCAAAGCUCAUUGGCACAUGAAGAACAUACUAUGUGCUGGUGGUUAUCAUGGAGGAUUUUGCACGGGAGACUCUGGGAGUCCUUUGGUGUGUGGUAGCAUUGCAGUCGGUAUCGCUUCUUUCUUUGACGGAGACGAAUGUUAUACUUCCAAAAAACCAAACGGCUACACCAAGAUUUCUGCCUUCCUGCCUUGGAUCAGGGGUAUAAUAAAUGGAACGAAAUAAUCAAUUAAUAAACAAUAUUCAUUGUUCAUGCCUGUAUUCAUGGCGUUUUGUGGUUUAUUAGGGCUGACAUGACUGUCAAACAAGUAAAUCCACUGUAAAAAGGCCUUUGACUGGGUAUACAGGUUGUUUGUUGCAGAUGAUAGUAAAUUCCAUUUUGCUAGACUUAAAAAAUGUAAAAAUAAAAUGUUGAAAAUUGAGAUAAAAUAUGGCUGAAACACACCUGUGAUUUGUAAUGCAAUAAGCGCUGUCAACCGCCUGCCCACCAUCACCUACAUCUUUCCUGCUUUAAUGUAAUUAUUAUUAGUAUUGGUUAUUUCAGUAUAUAUAAAGUGCUUGUUUUCUAAUAAAGGCACUUUUGAAUUCA